GGAGGGAGGGAGGGGGGUAUAAAAGGGCCCCGCUGACCAGGAGGGUCCGGCAGAGAUUUUGGGAGAAUUACGGAACAGGUCCAGUGAAGCCACGCCAUGAAGGGCCCUCUCCUGCUGCUGUUGGUGCUCCUGGCGCUGGUGGCCUCCUUCGCACGGGCCGAGGCGCCGGCGGAGGAGUCUCUGGUGGAGAAGGUGCAGGUCUACGUCCAGCAAGUGGCCCAGAAGGCCCAGGAGCACAUGGUCACCCUCCGGGAGUCUCCAACCACCCAGCAGGCCAGGGCAUGGCUGCAGGCCGGCUUGGCCCAAACGCAGGAGUACUUUGGCCAGUUGAAGGACCAGCUGGCCACGCUCUGGGAGAAGACCACGGCCGGUGGCGCAUAAGGACGACGUGAAGAGCCAGGGGUCUCCGGGGCCGUCUCCCCCUCCCCAGACCCUCCCUCCCUCCCUUCCUUCCUCCCUCCCUCCCUUCCUUCCUUCCUUCCUUCCUUCCUUCCUUUAUUCUCCCCUUCCUCCUUCCCACUUGCCCAGAUGUGUGGCCUCCCCCUUUAUUAAACCUUGCCGACACUC